GUACGUCAUGUUCGAGAAUCUCCGUUGACGUGCUGGUCAGCUGUCAGUUGGCUGUCAUGGCGGCGGGCUGACAUGGAAGGUUAGCAAAGGCUGUUUGGCUGCAGAAGAAGUUGUUUUGGAUUAAAUUGUCUUUUGUUUUCACUGGUGGUGAUAUUACAAGUGAUGUUAUUUUUGACCCUCGGCUUCUGCAGCUCCCCUCCGCGUGUCGCUGACAAACCUCCAGUGUUACCGCAGGAAAUCGCCUCCUCAUCAACUGAGAUAUGAUCACACAAUUGGAUUAGACCACAGCUGCAUAGCAACAAACAUAGAGUCGAGUGAGGAGUGUAAUGGCCUGAGGGGGGUCCCCCCGGUCCCACCUGCCCCCGCCGGGUCCUAUCUGCUCAAACUGUCUGCUCAGUCACUGCAACCCGCCGCUGCGAUGGGAGACGGCCUGGAGGCUGGCAGCAGCCAGAACCCCCCCUCUGCCCCGCCGUCCCUCGCCUUCAACGCUCCACUCCCUGACACCUUGAACCCCUCCAGACCCAAACGACAGACCAACCAGCUGCAGUUCCUGCUCAAAGAGGUGUUGAAGACGCUGUGGAAGCACAACUUUGCAUGGCCCUUCCAGGCUCCUGUAGAUGCCAUCAAACUCGGUUUACCUGACUACUACAAAAUCAUCAAGAUCCCGAUGGACAUGGGCACGAUAAAGAAACGCCUAGAGAACAACUACUACUGGAAUGCCCAGGAGUGCAUCCAAGACUUCAACACCAUGUUCACAAACUGCUACAUCUACAACAAGCCUGGGGAUGAUAUCGUCCUGAUGGCCGAGGCCUUGGAAAAGGUCUUCCUCCACAAGAUCACAGAGAUGCCGCAGGAGGAGAAAGAGAUCGCUGUGGUCGCCAAGGGACGCCGCGGGGGCAGACGGGAGCCAGGUCUGAUCACCAAGUCGGAUUCAGGCCAGGACUCCUCGUCCCCCUCCACCACCCCCAACACCCGGGGCUUCUCAUCCCCUUCAACCACGCCGCAGACCCGUGCUGCACCCCCCCCUCUAGCCUUGUCCCAACCUCUGGCCCAGCUUCAGCCCCCACGCGUGCCUCCAACACCCACCUCCCACGCCCCCCAUCUGGGACCCCCGUUCCCCCUCUCAACACCUGACGUCCUGGCCCAGGGCAUGACCUCGGUUCCCCCUCCAGCCCCGACACACCCCGGCCUCCAUCCCGUCCCGAUGCUGCAGAGCUCCCCCGCCCUCAUCAAGCAAAGGAAGAGCCAGAAGAGGAAAGCAGACACCACCACACCCACCGCCAACGACCAGCUCAGUGAAACAUCUCCCGUCUCUGCUGAGACUAGGCCUCGGCGAGAGAGCAGUCGCCCAUCUAAGACGCCCAAAAACGACACGUCGCAGCCGGACUCUCAGCAUCACCUGGGAGGCGGUUUGGAGGCGGUGGCGGUGGCGGUGGCGGUGGCGGCGGCGGUGGCCGGGACGGCGGGGACGGUUACGCAGAAGCGCCAGGAGCAACUGCGUUUCUGCGCACGCCUCGUCAAAGAGAUGCAGUCCAAGAAACACGUGGCUUACGCCUGGCCCUUUUACAAGCCCGUCGAUGCAAAAGCUCUCAGCCUCCACGACUACCACGACAUCAUCAAGCACCCCAUGGACCUCGGCAACAUCAAGAGAAAGCUGGACAGCCGGCAGUACAGAGACGCUCAAGAGUUCGCAGCAGACGUCCGGUUGAUGUUCUCCAACUGCUACAAGUACAAUCCCCCAGACCACGAUGUGGUCGGCAUGGCGCGCAAAUUACAGGACGUGUUUGAGAUGCGUUUUGCCAAAAUGCCUGAUGAGCCAGAGGAGCCUGCCCCUGUUCCCACCCCGUCAUCGGCCCUCCACCCUGCCCCCUCCACUCGACAAGCCCCGCCUCCUCCUGUCGUCUCGGAAGACGACAGCUCCAGUUCCUCCGAAUCGGAGUCCUCGGGAGGAGACUCAGAGCACGAAAGGCAACAUCGAUUGGCUGAGUUACAGGAACAGCUUAAAGCUGUCCAUGAACAGCUGGCAGCUCUCUCCCAGCCCCCAGCCAGCAAGCCCAAGAAGAAAGAGAGGGAGAAGGAGAAGAAGGAGAAGGAGAAGGAGAAGGAAAAGGAGAAGGAGAAAGAGAAAGAGAAGGAGAGGGAGAAGGAGAAGGAGAAGAAGAAAGAAAAGCACAAGAAGAAGAUGGGAGCAGAGGAAGCUGUCGAGGCCCCGCCCCCUGUGAUGCUUCAGACCUCUAAGAAAAACAAGAGCAGCAAGGAGCCAAUCAUUGUGAAGAAGGAAAGGAAAAAGACCGGUAAGAAAGAAGGAGUUAAAAACAGUCGCCCAGUCAUGCUCCCUCAGCCGGGGCCGACCCCUCUCGUCCCUUCGGCCUCUCUUGAAGCAGAAGAUGAAAUGGAUGUGUUUGGGGGCGUGUCCACCGACAGGGGCAAGCCGAUGUCGUAUGAGGAGAAGCGCCAGCUGAGCCUGGACAUCAACAAGUUGCCCGGUGACAAACUGGGCCGCGUCGUGCACAUAAUCCAAACGCGUGAGCCUUCGCUAAAGAACUCCAACCCGGACGAGAUCGAGAUCGACUUUGAGACGCUGAAGCCCUCCACGCUGAGAGAGCUGGAGAAAUACGUCUCCAGCUGCCUCAAGAAGAAGAAAAAGCCGUCAGCAGAGAAGCCUCUGGAAAUGACUAAUGUGACGAAGAUGAAGACCGGAUCUUCAUCUUCAGGCAGCAGCGACUCCUCUGACAGUGAAGACUCUGAGAAUGGGCUGGUCCCCAAGCUGCAGAAGAAGAUCUCGACUAUCAAAGACACCAAGAGGCUGCCCCACCUGUCCCUAAGCACCGCAGCGGCUCCAGUCGCUCCUCAGCCUCAGCAUCAGCCUCAGCCACAGCCUCAGCCUCAGCCUCAGCCUCAGCCUCAGCCUCAGCCUCAGCCUCAGCCUCCGCCCCCGACUCAGCCUCCAGUGGUCCAGUCCAAACCCCCCCCUGUCCAGUCUCUGGACUCCUCACAGCUGAUGGGCUCUGGAUUUGAUCCCCUGGCUCAGUUCAUGAACCCUCACCUGACGCGGUCCAACAGCGAGCCCAAUCCGACCGUUACUACUGCCGGUGCCCCCGCCGCGCCUGGCCUCCUCAACGCUAACGCACCCACUGUCCAGACGCCCGCUGAGACGCACCCGUUCCUAAACCAGCACCCCAUCAUACCUUCACCCGCGAUCCACAACGCUCUUCCCCAGCAACCAUCAAGACCGAGCCACCGAGCAGCGGCACUUCCUCCCAAACCCUCGCAGCCUCCCCCAUCCUCGCUCCCCUCCCUGCCUCCAUCCUCCUCUCCCCAGCUUCAGCCCUCGCUUCCACCCACUCUCCCCCAGCCCGUGCCUCGCCCCCGCGUCCCUUCACCCCCAUCGCAUGGCAUCCUGGGUACCCUCUCGGCGCAACCUCCCCAGGCCCUGCUGGAAGAUGACGACGAGCUGACGCUCACCAGUUCUCAAACCCCGCCCCUCAGCCAGGUUCACACCUUCUUGCAGUCGCUCCAGACACGGCCCACAGCGCAGCCGCAGCCGCUCCCGCUGCACACGCAUUCGCCUGCGCGGGGCGUCCCUCAGCUGAUGCCGUCGAUGCACACACACGCUGUGACAACAUCCACCCCCGCCUUGGCGCAGAGACAAAGUUCAGGCCACGCGCACAUGCGCCAGCCGUUCCCUCAUACACAUCUGUCGACGUCCCAGCAGCAGAAGGGUGUGGCCCUGCUGCAGAAGGUCCAACAGAUGCAGCAACAACACCAACUACAGCCGUCGCCACGCAGCAAAGCAGAGCCUUUCUCAACAGGUUGCCUGCGUGAGAGCCCUCCUCCCCUGAUGAUGCAUUCUCCUCAGAUGCCUCCGUUCCAGCCGAUGGGACAGCACUCGCCCUCACAGACCAAGAAACAUGAGCAGAGGUCCAACCCGGUGGUGGUCAAAGAAGAGAAGCUUUCCCAGUCACCAGUUCUGCCCCCGUCGCCCUUCAGCCCCGCCACGCGUCAAGACGCACACAAACACGACAACAAACACAGAAUAGACCUUAAGCUGUUGGACAGCACUCGCCCCGCUCCUCGCCUCCCAGACUCCCCAGCACCACCUUACUCCCAGCAGGACAACAAAAUCAAGCAAGAGCCCAAAACUCCCAUCGCUCCCAAGAAGACACAGGAUGUGAAGGUAAAGAACAUCGGCUCCUGGGCCAGCCUGGCUCAGAGGUCCCAGUCCACGCCGGCCUCCUCCGUGCGCUCCUCCAGCGACAGCUUCGAACAGUUCAGACGGGUCGCCAGGGAGAAGGAGGAGAGAGAGAGGCAGCUGAAAGCUCAGGCUGAACAGGCCAGGAGGGAGCAGGAGAAGCUACGUAACCGUGACGAUGAAGACACCGUGGAGCCGCCUCGCCGAGCACAAGACGAUGCCCGCCGUCGCCAGGAGCAACAGUCACCGCUCGCUCCCACACCUCCAGCUUCCACCCCGCCCACCCUCUCCCCACAGGCCCCGCCCCCUCCGCCACAGGCCACGCCCCCGCCCUCCUCAGCUGCUCUUGACCAGAGGGAGAUUGCGCGCCGCCGCGAGCAGGAGAGGCGCCGGAGAGAGGCGAUGGCCGACACCAUUGACAUCAACUUCCAGAGCGACCUGAUGGCCAUUUUUGAGGAGAAUCUGUUCUGAGAGGGAAAAGCAGACGAUGGGAGAGAGAGAAGGACCUAUAGACACACAACAUUACAAACAUGCAUAUAAACCUGAAUGCUCUGAUCCACAUGGUCGCUGCUCACACACACACACACACACACACACACACACACACACACACACACACACACACACACACACACAGACUGGAUAGUAACUGUCCCUUUCUCUCACUAGUUGAAACAGCUGGCUUGUGUCAUGUGACUGAGAGGGGGGAAGUGAAAUAAGCAGCCCUCGUUUUCCUCCAACCUCAGAUACGUUUUGGUGUCUGUCGAUUGGAAAACGGACAGCGAAAUAAUGAGAUCGUCGGCUCCCUCGAGGAUAACGAGAAAGGCAGAGCGAGAAAAGGAGGGGACAGAACUUUUACAUAAAAAGAUAAUGGCGGUGAAGAGGAUUUAAUUUAAGAAAUGAACCUUAUUCUCUGAUGUCUGAGAGAAGAGAAGAGGGUGAACAAAUUACAAACAGACAGAUCACUUAGUUUUUUUCUCUCCCCUAAUCUUUUUGAUUUUAAAGGGACAGUUCACCCCAAAAUCAAAACUACAGAUUCCUCUUCUUACCAGUAGUGUUAUUCAUCAGGCUAGAUUGUUUUGGUGUGAUUUGCAGAGUGUUGGAGAUAUCGGCCUUCUCUCCAAUAUAAUGGAACUAGAUAGCACUCAG